AUGGGGGCUAUCAGCGAACGAUUCCGGCGUGACCUACGCAAAGAAGCCUACGAUGAGACGCACAACACGGGAUCACUCGAAUCUAACAUACACAUCACGAAAAAGGAAAAUGAGACCCAAAAGGGGAAGUCGAUCGACGACUGGACCCAGGUGAGGAGAAAAACACGGGGCUAUUGGAAGGGGAGUAACAAAUAUGAUUCCCUCCCGACUCUGUUUGUGAGGGGAUUCCCUUCAGGUUGGUUCCCUCUCAACCUUGAAAGGGUUUUCGGGAGAGCAGGGGCAGUGAUGGAUGUCAUAAUGCCUAGAGAUAAAGGGAAUGGCCAGUAUAGGGGCUUUGCUCUCAUCAAAAUGAGCAUGGAGGAAGAGCUCUCGCGAGCUGUAUCGAUGCUUCACAGCCAGAGUUUUGGGGGGGAGAAACUUCUUGUGCAACGUGCACAAUUUGGGCCAGAGAUAUCAAAUGAAGGGGAAAAAUACAGCAAAAAAUGA